AUGGCACGCAUCUAUCGCUUCGAUCACGCUGCCGCGGUCGUCUCCCAAGCAUUCAACUAUGUUGAGAAUCCCGAGAUCCUCCACGAAUUCUUCUGGCGCUUCGCCAAUCCCAUCAAUCCAGCUUGUGGCGUUGUUGGCGACGACCCCACUAUCUCGAUGCCCAGCCACGAGGACAGGGCGUUGGCAAAGAGGUUGUUUGAGAAACACAAGGGCGAGCAGUUCACAGGGGAAAAUAACAAAGUAUGCCGGUGGAUCAUCUGCAAAAGACCUGACGGCGCUAUCGAGCGCUACCUCACAUACCGACUCGUCUUCAUGAAUCCACACCUCUUCUCGCGUGCCACGACCGUCUGGGAAGCAUUCAAAGAGGGCGAUGGGAGUGGCAAGACCUAUGUCAUCAAGGAUGCCUGGCGGCAAGGCGCCCGACGUUUUGAGGAGGAGUUCUACAAGGACAUUCGCGAGGGCGUCGCGGAACAGCACGAUCUUGAGGAGUUGUGUGAUAUCGCGGAGGAGGAAUUGCAGUUGCGCGGACUAGCGGAGCUCGAGUAUGCCAUCGAUCUCGGUGAGGAAGAAAUGAAUGCUCACACGCACGAAGAACGGAACGAUCCGGUUUCGCCUGCUCCCUCGUCGUUUGAUUGCCAGCCUUUGUCCGACGACGGUUUUUUUGGACCCCCUGCGUACGAUACGGACCAGGACGGAUCUGCUCCCUCACCACCACCACCACCGUACGAGUCUGACGACGAGGCUCCGCCACCAUACGAGUCGGGGCAUUGCACUGCAUCCGCUGCGAUCCUGGACAGAAAUAUGGCCAAGUACAACGAGCGAAGCCAUACGCGCCUAAUAAUGAAGACUGUUGGGCGACCCAUUUCCCAGUUCGAGAGCACGAAGGAGAUGAUCGAGGCAUUGCGCGAUGCAAUUGAAGGUCACGGGAUCGCGUACAAGGCUGGUGUUUUGCACCGGGACGUUAGCGAAGGGAAUGUCCUCAUCGCGGAGGAUGCACCUUUGAAAGGCUUCAUUGGCGAUUUCGAUUACAGCUUCAACUGGAAGCGAUUCUUGCGGGAACGUGGCUGGAAGGAUACGCUUGAGAGCUGGCAACGUUAUAUCAAGACUCACGAAGGCAUGCCGGAUGAGAGCGCAAAUGCAAAGGCAUCUCAGCAAGACUUGAAGGACAGCGAGUUGCGGAAUGGCCUCAAAGAAAGAACGGGUACCUUCUACUUUAUGGGGAUUGAGGUCUUACAAGGCAACAUUAUUCAUGAUGCAUGUCAUGAUCUAGAAUCUUUCUACUGGCUCCUCGUAUGGCUUGCCCUCAGGCAUACAGACCAUGAACACGAAGCUGGAAAUCUAGCAUGUUCAAGACUAUUCGAUGCAGACAACGAAUGGUCAUGCCAAGACAGCAAGGUAGCAUGGCUCAGAAAGCCUGGAUCAGUGAAAGUGCGAGGAAACGCACCUCUCACGCAUUUGCUUGAAGAAUUUACCACACAAUGCUUCCUCAACAUUCCCCAGCACAAGUAUGUGCCACUUGUUCCCCUCACACACAAGUCGGUAUUAGGUUUAUUUGACAUGGCGCUGGGAAUGGAUGGAUGGCCGAAGAAUGACGUGGCCCGACCUUACAAGAUGCCAAACACAACAGCCACCCGCGUUGAUGUACGACCACCUCCUCAGACCACUAGCGGAAAAACUGGAAGUAAGCCACCUUCCAGUCGCUCCAGACCUCUAUCUGCAGCGGGUAGGCCACCUCGUUCCCAAUGUGGUGGACGUCUCGUCCCCACAACAGGUAGCCUGGCGCAGGGUGAGACAUCUGGCCAAGAGAAAUCGGCCAGCAAAGCGUCGCAGCCCAGGAAGUGUACCCCCAAUACUGCAGAACAGGGCGUUGAAUCCUUCCGGCCUCAGCCGAUGAUAGCGAGCACAAACUCGUGGUCAUUGAUGCCAUCCGCUGCUUGGCCAGUCACAUCUUCUGUUGUCCAGGGUUCUGUCCGGUCGCGUCAGGUCAUCACAUCCCAAGUCUCGCCCACUAGCAGUACAAAACGCACUCGCGACGUUGUGGAGAAGGAGAACCACUCACCAUCGAAGAGGCGGAAAAGCGUAAACGCAAGUGCACCAUCGACGACGUGUAAUUUCAUCGCUGCUCGCUUUGUCUUCGCAUGCUCUCACACUCUCCUCACUAUACUUGCUACCUAUCGCGUCCCAGGCAUCCUGUCUGUGUUGUAG